AUGAACAACCCACCACCAUCAGGUCAUGUGUCUAGUCCAACCAAGGAGAGCCUAUCAUCAUCUUCGGUUGGCAUUCCAAUUCCUCAAAGAUCGUCUUCUCAGGAACAUGUCUUUUUCUCUCCUUCCUCAACUCCACCCAUCUCUAAGUUAUCAAACUACUCACCAAGUAGUUUUCAAGCAUCAUCAAUGCCAUCACCCUCAGGAAGUACCAGCUAUCUUUCAUCCUCACGAGAACCCUUCUCUCCUAAUUAUGGUGAUUAUCAAAAACUUUCAAAAAUAGGGAAAGGCUCGUUUGGUGAGGUGUAUACAGCAAGGAACAAGAAAACUGAUGCCAUCGUAGCCAUCAAGUCUAUCGAUUUAGAAAAAUCGGAAGAUGAUAUUGAGGUCAUUCAAAAAGAAAUUCAUGUUUUACUCCAAUGCUCAUCACCUCAUGUAGUUUCAGUCUAUGGAAGCAUUGUUCAAGAUACCAAACUAUUAAUUGUAAUGGAAUAUUUAAGUGGAGGAUCAGUUUUGGAUUUAAUGAAACCUAAUGGAGGAAAGUUUGAAGAAAAAUACAUUGCAACAAUAUUGAGGGAGAUAUUGUAUGGUCUUGAAUAUUUGCAUGGAAUUGGUCUAAUUCAUAGAGAUAUCAAAGCAGCCAACGUUUUAAUUAGCGAUGAAGGAGCAGUGAAGCUAGCUGACCUUGGAGUUGCUGGUCAGCUUUCAAGCACCGUAAACAAACGUCAUUCCUUUGUUGGAACGCCAUUUUGGAUGGCACCUGAGGUCAUCAAACAGUCAGGAUAUACUGAAAAAGCAGACAUUUGGUCAUUGGGAAUUACAGCGAUUGAAAUGGCCAAAGGAUUUCCACCUUAUUAUGGGGACGAUCCAAUGAAGUCACUAUUUUUAAUACCCAAGAAUGAACCACCAACAUUAGAAGGCCAAUUUUCAAAACCAUUUAAAGAAUUUGUUUCCCUUUGCUUGAAAAAAGAUCCAACAGAACGACUCUCAGCUAAAGAACUGCUGAAACACAAAUUUAUUAAGACAGCAAAAAAAACCACCAUUCUUAUUGAUUUGAUUGAAAAGAAAAACCAAUACGAGAGUACCAAGAAAGAUGCAAACAGCUCAUUCUCUAGCGACUCAAAUUCAUAUGCCUCAUCUGAUGAAGAAGAGGGAGAAAGCAACAGCUAUUGGGAUUUCAAAAGCACUGUCAGACGAAAGAAGAAGAGUUCGAUCAAUACUUUGGCAAACAUUCACCUUGAUUUUGCCAAAGAAGGUGUUGACUUGUCCAGUAAGACAGCUAUUGAUAAAAUAUCGAACUUGAAUGACAACGAUGAUCUUAGUGAUGGAAGUUCAGACGAGAGCAUGAGCGAUGAGAUAAGUAGCCCUUCAAGUAGUGACAACGAAUACCGUACACUAAAAAUUGUAUCUCCCAGAGAACACAACCACUCAAUUUCGCAAGUUGAAUUUGUUAGAAAUUCCACCACCGAAAGCUCUUCCCAUUCAAAUGCAGCUCCAUUUCCUUCGUCCAGCAGUGAAAUUGCAGAGGACGCAUCACAUGUGUCCACCACUUCCGAAACCUUGCCUCUAACUGUCACGAACACAAUAGAGGACCGGUUGGAGAAAGACAAACACGCUGCUACAUCGCAACACAAAGAAAACAUGUACAACAAGAACAUUUAUAUGAACAUCAUUGAGGCUAGCUUAUCUGGGCAUGUGGCUGGCACUCCACAUGACUCUGACAAGAAACUCAAGCAAAUUGAAGAUUUAAAACAAUUGUUUAACGACACAGAGGCUUGCAUUCCUGGAUUUGCAAAAAUGUUUGUGCAAGGCUGUGUUGAAAAUCAUCACAACCAAAUGAAUUGUUCGAUUUCACCGCUAAUCAUGAAGAAAGUUAGCCAACCAAAAACUGUAUGUUUUAGUGAUGAAGUGGCAAGAGUGCCGUCGAACAAAGCUCAGGACACCUCUCUACAAUCCAAACUAGCAAAUAAUUUGUCCAGGAGGUGGAGAGAGCAAGCAAUAAAACAAAAAUCUUCGCUGUAG